GUUUUGAAACUUCGAAGAAAUUUCGCCAACAACCAGAAAGAAUCGACCCCCACAUUGUAAAAGUCGAAAACCAACCGAGUUUAAUGAUCAAUCGACGACGGCAUUCUUGAAUCGUCACCUCAACUCAGUUUUUAAUUCUGGUCCCUUUUCCCAUUAUAAAACUCAACAACUACAGAUAUUCCAAACACAAAGGAAAAAGAUUAAAAAGGGCGAAAAGUUGUCUUUUAUUUUUCUCCGUCACACCUUUUGGAACCUUCGUCUGUAGACUCCGUACAGAUUUUCUGGAAAGGAUCAUGAGAGAGGUUCAGCUAGGUUCGCCUAUUGUAGAAACACAUGGAUAUGAAAGGAUCAUGAGAGAGGUUCAGAUAGGUUCGCAUACUCUAAAAACACAUGGAUAUAAACUCGCAAGAACACACAUGCACGACUGGCUGAUAUUAGUGCUUCUUGGGGUUAUAGUGCUCGUUCUCAAUCUUACUCAUCCAUUUUAUCGCUUUGUGGGGAAGGAUAUGAUGACCAACCUCAAGUAUCCUCUGAAGGACAAUACCGUGCCUGUAUGGGCUGUUCCUAUCUAUGCAGUGUUGUUGCCCAUUAUCAUUUUUGUCGGCUUCUAUAUUCGUAGGAAGGACAUUUAUGAUCUGCAUCAUUCUAUACUAGGUCUCGGUUAUGCAACACUUGUAACUGGAGUUCUCACAGAUUCGAUAAAAAAUGCAGUUGGUCGACCUAGGCCAGAUUUCUUCUGGCGUUGUUUUCCAGACGGGAAAGAUGUUUAUGAUGCACUUGGAGAUGUUAUUUGUCAUGGAGUGGCUAGUGUGAUCAAAGAAGGACACAAGAGUUUCCCAAGUGGACAUACAUCAUGGUCCUUUGCAGGUCUUAGUUUCCUCUCUCUAUACCUGGCAGGAAAGAUAAAAUGUUUUGAUCGUAGGGGACACGUGGCAAAACUAUGCAUUGUCUUGCUUCCUUUACUUGUUGCAGCUCUUGUUGGUGUGUCUCGUGUGGAUGAUUAUUGGCACCAUUGGCAGGAUGUAUUUGCUGGGGGUAUCCUAGGUACCGUAGUUUCAUUGGUUGUUUACCAUCAGUUUUUCCCACCCCCAUAUCACAAUGACGGUUGGGGGCCUUGGGCAUAUUUCAGUAUGUUGGAAGAAAGAAAUAUUGCACAACAAACGAAUGGCGAGAAUGGCAUUAAUGUGCAGUUGAUGGGGCAGGCAGGACAACAACAACCAGAUAAAAGCCCUAACCACGUACAUAUAGGUUUGGUUGAACCAAAUGUUUCUACCUUGGAUGAUUUGGAAGCUGGAAGUAGAUCGUAAUCAUGUAUAUAGAUUCUGUCAUUUAACUCCUGUGUGUAUCUAUACGUUAGACCUCCUAUUGUUCAUGAGGUGCAUACACGGUUAAACCUCACUAACACUUUCAGAAAUUUAUAAACUACAUUCAAAAAUUUAGCUUCAUUUCAUGAUUU